AUGCAGGAGCCGCUGCUGGGAGCCGAAGGCCGGGACUAUGACACCUUCCCCGAGAAGCCGCCCCCGUCACCAGGGGAGAGGACGCGGGUCGGGGUCCUGCAGAACAAGAGAGUGUUCCUGGCUACCUUCGCUGCUGUGCUGGGCAAUUUCAGCUUCGGGUACGCCCUUGUCUACACGUCCCCCGUCAUUCCUGCCCUGGAGCGCUCCUCAGAUCCAAACCUGAAUCUGACCAAAACCCAGGCAUCCUGGUUCGGGUCUGUGUUCACCCUGGGUGCAGCUGCCGGGGGACUCAGCGCCAUGGUCCUCAAUGACCUCCUGGGCCGGAAGCUCAGCAUCAUGUUCUCAGCUGUGCCUUCAGCAGCCGGCUAUGCGCUGAUGGCGGGCGCCCACGGCCUCUGGAUGCUGCUUCUGGGAAGGAUGCUGACGGGCUUCGCAGGGGGUCUCACAGCUGCCUGCAUCCCGGUGUAUGUGUCCGAGAUUGCUCCCCCCAGCGUCCGCGGGGCCCUGGGCGCCACCCCCCAGCUCAUGGCGGUGUUCGGGUCACUAUCCCUCUAUGCCCUCGGCCUGCUGCUGCCCUGGCGUUGGCUGGCCGUGGCCGGGGAGGGGCCGGUGCUCGUCAUGGUCCUGCUGCUCAGCUGUAUGCCCAACUCCCCUCGCUUCCUGCUCUCCAAGGGCAGGGACGCGGAGGCGCUGCAGGCGCUGGCCUGGCUGAGAGGGGCCGAUGCCGACACCCGCUGGGAGUUCGAGCAGAUCCAGGACACCGUCCGGAGACAGAGCAGCCACCUGUCGUGGGCCGAGGCCCGGGACCCCCACAUGUACCGCCCCAUCGUCAUCGCCUUGCUGAUGCGCUUCCUGCAGCAGCUGACGGGCAUCACACCCAUCCUCGUCUACCUGCAGUCCAUCUUCGACAGCACCGCGGUCCUGCUGCCCCCCAAGGAUGACGCCGCCAUCGUGGGCGCCGUGAGGCUCCUGUCCGUGCUGAUCGCAGCCCUCACCAUGGACUUGGCCGGCCGCAAGGUCCUGCUCUUCAUCUCGGCGGCCGGCAUGUUUGCCGCCAACCUGACCCUGGGGCUGUACGUGCAUUUCGGUCCCAAGUCUCUGGCCCCCAACAGCACCGUGGGCCUGGAGCGUGCAGCCCUGGCGGGCACGGAGCAGCCCCUGGCCACGCCCACCAGCUACCUCACCCUGGUGCCCCUGCUGGCCACCAUGCUCUUCAUCAUGGGCUACGCCAUGGGCUGGGGGCCCAUCACCUGGCUCCUCAUGUCAGAGAUCCUGCCCCUGCGGGCCCGCGGCGUGGCCUCGGGGCUCUGCGUGCUGGUCAGCUGGCUCACUGCCUUUGCCCUCACCAAGUCCUUCCUGCUGGUGACGAACGCCUUCGGCCUGCAGGCCCCCUUCUUCUUCUUCGCUGCCGUGUGCCUCGUGAACCUGGCCUUCACCGGCUGCUGCGUGCCCGAGACCAAGGGCCGGUCGCUGGAGCAGAUAGAGUCCUUCUUCCGCACCGGGAGGAGGUCCUUCCUGCACUAG